GGCAAUCAAGGAAAGACCGGGGAGAGUCAUGUACCAGCCAUUAACGCUAGCAGGGAUCAACGUGACGUUCCUGGGCUGUUACGAGGACAGUGUUGUUCCCUCCCUCCGGACGCUACAGGAAGAGUUCCUGUCUGACUACAGACGGAUGACGGUGGAGAAAUGUCUCAACCACUGCAGAAAAAGAUAUCUCCCCUUCGUGGGUCUGGAGUUCGGAGGAGAGUGUUACUGUGGGAGGCAGUUACACCGAGGUCCCGCCUCCCUGCCUGACUGUAACGUCACGUGCCCAGGCCACGAGAACAGCACCUGUGGCGGGGUGAACCGGCUGACAGUCUACCACAUCCACCCCAGGGCCAUGGGACGGCCUCCGAAAGACAGACAGAGAGCUUACCGGGGCUGCUACCCUGUCCCGCCCGGGCCGGGGCUGAAGCACGCCGCCUCCAUGCCUGUACGGGACCAUCUCCUCACACCGAGAAGAUGUCGUCUGAGUUGUCACCAGCAGGUAUACACGCUCGCCCUCGUGAGGAAUGCCACAGUUUGCCAGUGUCUGAACGCGAGCGCCACCUGCCGACUCAACAACGCAUCGUCAGAUGAAAACUGCAACUUCAGCUGUUCAGGGAACGAGCGGCAAAAGUGCGGAGGGCCCUCACACAUGUCCGUGUACAGGACAGAAAUUGAAGACCGCAGGUGUGCGACAGUCGGGUUCCUGCCGGACCACAGCUGGCCGCUAGUGGCGCUGGCGAGCUACCCCGGAUCCGGUAACACGUGGGUCCGCCAUCUCAUAGAGAGGGCAACCGGCAUCUACACGGGCAGUUAUUAUAAUGACGGAGACCUGUUCAAUAAAGGGUUUCGAGGUGAGCGGGAGAACUGGUUGCGGAGGAACACGGUAGCGGUGAAGACCCAUCGGUUCGACCGAGCUCACAUCGAACAGUUCCACAGCGCCAUACUGCUCAUCAGGAACCCGUACAGCGCCAUGUUAGCCGAGCACAACCGGAAAUACGCAGGGCACACCGGCCUUCCGGCCUCAAAGUACUACCAGCUACACGAAUGGAGAGAAUUUGUGGAUGGACAGUCCCGAACCUGGACCAACACCAACCUAAACUGGCUGCAGUACAGCAAGCGGCUGCUAGUCGUGCACUAUGAGGACAUUGUGAGAGACACCAUGGGCCAGCUGCACAGAAUCCUAGACUUCCUGGGUCUCCCUGCCUCGGAGGAAAGACUCAUCUGCCUAGAAGCCGACAAAGACGGCAAGUUCAAGAGAAGACGCCAUCUUGAAUUUGACCCCUACACGUCCGACAUGAAAGGUUAUACGAACAUUUACAUCAAAACUAUCGACAUGUCCCUGAGACUGUAUAACCAGACACGUCUGCCACAGGAAUACGCGGAGGACACGUUGUAGCAAAAGAUAUGAGAAAGACACUAUUGGCAUCGAAUUGCUGCUAUACGUUUUUACAUC